UUCGAAAAGUCGAAACCCUCUUUCUUGUACGCGUCGUUGAAACGCGAGGAACAAAGCUUGAUCUCCUCCCUCCUCCCUCCCAUCGCCGGAAAAUGGCAACUGGUGGAAAAGUCUCCUUCAAAGUCACUCUCACUUCGGAUCCUAAGCUUCCUUUCAAAGUAUUCAGCGUACCAGAGGGAGCUCCGUUCACGGCGGUUCUGAAAUUCGCGGCGGAGGAGUUCAAGGUUCCUCCCCAAACCAGCGCCAUCAUCACCAAUGAUGGGAUCGGGAUCAAUCCCCAACAGAGCGCAGGAAACGUGUUCUUGAAGCAUGGGUCUGAAUUAAGACUCAUCCCGCGCGACAGAGUUGGAGCUGCGUUUUGUUAAUUGAUCCAUGAAUCUUUGUAACCAGUGAGUGAAACACAGUACCAAAACCAUACUACUAAAAAAAACUUAAAACAUAUUGAAAUGGUUAUUGUACACAACUUUGUUAUCUUUGAAUAAAUAUGUGACGUUCACAUC